UCCGUGCCUCCCUCUGUCCUCGGUCCUCCGUCCUCCCUCCCUCCGUCCUCCCUGCCUCCCUACCCGUCCUCCCUACCUCCGUCCUCCCUGCCGCCAUGAUGCCGAGCCGCCAGAAGCAGCUCCUGUACUCCGUCUCCGGGCUCCUCGGGCUGUGCUGCGCCCUGACGGCCGCGGUGUCCGCCGGGCUGCCGUUGUGGAUCAGCGGGGCCGUGCUGUGCCGGACCGGGGCCGAGCUGGUCAACGCCACCGGCCCCGAGCUGGACAAGUUCCUCGGGGAGCUGACCUACGGCCUGUUCCAGGGCCAGAGGGUGAAGCAGUGCGGGCUGGGCGGGAGACCUUCCCGCUUCUUCUUCUUCCCAGACCUGCAGAGCGCCAUCCCAGUCGGCCUCCACGUGACCGUGGUCUUCUUCUGUGGUGUGGUGAUCCUCUUCUCUGCCGUGGCCACCGGCUUCUUCUUCUUCAACGCCUUUGGACGUCCGUACGAGACGCUGCAAGGCCCCCUGGGACUUUACCUCUGGAGCGCCAUCAGCUGUGUGAGCAGCUGUCUGGUGAUGGUCCUGUUUUCCUCGGAGGUGAAGCUUCACCAUCUUUCUCGCCGGAUCGCCAACUUCAACGAGGAGAACUUUGUUUUCCAGACGCACAGCGAACGCUACGGCCGCUGCUAUUGGCUGUUCCUCCUCGUGUUCCUGCUGCACGCGCUCAACGUGCUGCUGAUCCGCCUGGCGGGAACGCACUUCCCCUUCCAGGGCGAGAAAGGGGCGGAGCUUAGCGGCGGCGCUGCAGACCUCAUGUACUGAGACAGACUUUUUUAGACUUUUUAUAGUAAAACUUGACACUUUUUUGCACUUUUUUCGAGGCUCUUUCCGACUGAUUUUGUAGUAAAACUUGUUGUAACAGAACUUAAAACUUGACACUUCUUCUGACGCUUUCAAAGCGUUUGCCGAAGCUUGAUUUCUACGCUUUUGAAGCAUUUUUUGCAGCUUUUUCAACACCCAGAGUCUUUAGACUGACUGAAGAGAGACCGGAGCCUGUGAGGGACAAACACACUGGAGAGCUGGACAUAUGGGGCCUAUAUAUUCCUCUCCU